GCCGAUUUGCAGAAACAGCGGAUGCUCUCCAUAUUACACACCUUAACCCUCCAAUAAGUCAGCAGCAACACUAACAACAACACGCUCCCGUCCCUUCCUUCUACUCCCUCAUAGUCUUUCUUUCCCUUAUCCUGUUCCUCAUUCCCGGUCCUCGCUGCUUAAAGUUGUCAUUCCUACAGUAUCAGGUCUUUUGAUACAGACAUCUUCAGGUGCUACACCCAGCACAAUGACCUCUCCUCCCCCUCACCCUCAAAGGCUCAUCAAAAUUAUCGUUAUCUCAGAUUAUAUCUGUGCAUUUUGCUACAUCGGUAACAAGGAGCUGCGUGAUGCUAUCGAACAGUGUUCAGAUCUCCCCGUGAAGUUUGACGUCGAGUUCCGGCCUUUCACUCUCGUGCACUGUCCAGAAGGCAAACCUAUCCCACGCAAGGCCUAUCUUGAGAAGAAGUUUGGCCCGGAGCAGGCAGAUAUGUCCUGGAAAGUCGUCGGGUCGAUGGCGCAGGCAGCCGGGCUCAAGAUCAAAGACGAAGGACUCAUGUGUCAAUCUGCAAACGCCCACCGUCUUUCAGUCAAAGCGUACCAGACGGGCGGACAGGAAAUGCAGCAGAAGGUUGUAGCAACGCUCUUUGAGGCCAGCUUCGUGGAGAGUCAAGAUCUUAGUAACCUGGAUAUCCUGGCAGACCUGGCGGCAAAGGCGGAGCUGAUGGACCGGGAACAGGCAGUGGAGUUCCUUCAAUCAGACGAAUGUAAAGAGGACGUAGAGAAGAUGAUUGCGGCGGCCAAAGCUAAUGGUGUUAUUGGGGUUCCGUUCAUAAUCAUAAAUGGGAAGUGGGCGCUAAACGGCGUCCAGUCAACCCAGUGUUACAUACAGAUCUUCCGGAAAUUGGCGAAGUGUACGGAAUUAUGCUGUACACACUCCUCUCCGACCGUACCAUCUGCUGCUCCUGGUAAACUUUUACAAAAGGUCGCCGCCCCAUCAGCUGUAGUCGAUACUGCAGAAUCAUAACGGUUUUUCACCCAUUUUAUCUCCGGUUGCUGAGGUCGCCCUAUUUUCCCUCAUAUAAACUCUAUCCUCCGAGCUCGUCAAGUUUGAGCUUCACUGUCUUUGAUUCGUCUCUUUGUUAUCUAGUGGGCUGCGUCAGGCUGCCUACCACUGCUAUGCUGGGUGGAUGUACUUUUGGCCUACCAACAUUGUCAUCAUCACGCCCACGUUGCGUUCAUGUCUGUUUAGCUGUUUCUUAUACAUUGUUUUUUUAUUCGCAUAUCAGUCCACCCGUUGAUCAACCACUGUC